AUGACCGGCAUGGUACAGCCCGACGUUGGCCCUCCAGCGAAGUACAAGGAAAACCCCGUUGAUGAUCCCCUUCGACACAACUCUGGGCGUCUCGGUUCUCAACAGGCUCAGACAUUACAACCUCUAUCAAACACAGCACAACCACAGAAGCAAGGCCCUGCCUCGCCUGUUCAGCCCUCUCUGUCUCUUCCUUCUACCACAUAUCCCCCUCCACCUCACCAACUAGGAAACGGAGUCCUACACCAUCAUAAUCCCUACGGACCGCCACCUCAGGAGUCGCCUUACUACACCACCCAUUCUCCCUAUACAUCGACCCCGGUGUCGGCGCAUUACCCUUCUAGUGGGCCACCUGACCUCAUGGCAUCUACCGCUCAAAUGCAGAGACCUUAUCCCUCUAUUUACCACACCCCGCAAUCAAGCUCGCCAGCCUCGGUAGCUUCUCAACCACAUGAACAACAUGGCCGCAACAUGUACUCGCAGUCACCACAGAUGCCACCGCAGAUGUUCGGCUAUCCUCCAUACUCGGCCAUGAACCCGGUUCAGCCCUCACCAUAUGGGGCCCACCAGUCUCCCCAGCAGCAUCCUCUUACGACACAGCCAUUAAUGAUGCCCCCUCAGAAAGCCCCAUCCCAGGCGCCACCACACCAGUCCCCCCCACCUCCCUACAACCCCACCACUCCACAGCAAACAAUGCUGAACCCUCCUCUCACGGCAACCAACACCCACUCAAUGUCUGCCAGCAAUCCCCACGCCAGCCCACCACUAGGCGGCACCACCUCCAGCGCGGCACCAGGCCCCAUCCCAGCCACGACCCCGCUAGUCGUGCGACAAGACAGCAACGGCGUGCAGUGGAUCGCCUUCGAAUAUUCCCGAGACCGGGUGAAAAUGGAAUACACCAUCCGGUGUGACGUGGAAUCCGUCAUCGUGGACACGCUCACGCAAGAAUUCAAGACUGAGAACUGCGUGUACCCGCGCGCCUGUUGCAGUAAGGACCAGUAUCGCGGGAACCGACUGGUCUACGAAACAGAAUGCAAUGCCGUCGGCUGGGCACUGGCUGAACUGAAUCCUGCUCUGAGGGGCAAGCGUGGAUUGAUCCAGCGUGCUGUCGACAGCUGGCGUAACAGCAAUCAGGACCCGAGAUUGCGCAGCAGACGUGUCCGCCGUAUGGCUAAGAUUAACCGAAGACAGUCGGUCCCUGCUCAGUCUGCUCAUAUGGCGCAGCAAAGCCCUGUUGGCCCACCUGCUCCGCCUGGUCCUCCUGGUCCGGGCAUGAGUGCUAUGCCAGCUCCUGUUCCCCGCCCGAAUUUGGGUCCCAUGUCUAUGGGCCCGCCGCAGAUGCAUCAUCACCACCAACCUGAUGGUAGCCCUAAUGAGGAAGUUAGCGGCACAGACUACCCGGGCCAUCGAAGCAUGGACACACGCCUUCCACAGCCCUCGAUCCCCGACCUACGUCCCGCCCACAUCUUCCGUGACGCCCCCACAACCCUAACCCCAGGUGGCAGCGCCAGCGGCCCUUCCAUGCCCCCGCUCCUCCGCGACAACAGCCUCACCUCACUAAGCCGUCACACAAUCGCAACUUCCGCGCGCAUGGACUCAACCGACCACGACAUCGGCGAGAAAGGUCCAACGAACGACGACCUCUUCAGCCAUCUCCCAGACGGCAAACGUCGCAAAUUCAUCCUAGUCGACGACCCACAGCGCGGCUGCCGCGUCCGCGUCAAGGUCGUCCUCGACAAGGUCAAUAUGGACGAGAUCCCGGACUCCUACCGCGAGUCCAACGCCGUCUACCCACGCACCUACUUCCCCAUCCAGAUGCGCGACGAGAACCGCGUCGUCCCGGCCAAGCGGUUCUUCCGCGAUGACGCCGAGCAAGCUGACGAUCCCGAAGCGUCGACAAUCGGCCGCACGACAGUGCCUGCGCCGUCGCUUGACGGCGAGACUGAAAUCGCGGUGCCGAAGAUCUCGCGCAGAAAACACCGUAAGGAGUUGAUGCUUAAUGAUCUCGGCUACCUGGAUGCUUACCGCGAUAAAAUGCGAAGCAGUAUGCUCGCUGCCGGCCAAGAGGCGGGAGAUAUCCCGGAUCAUUUCGAUACUCGUCGUGGUAAGCGACGGUUCCUGGAGCGCGGGCGUCGGCUGGAUUCUGGUGAGAGUGCUGCGCGGCGGAGUGCGGAGGAGGUCGAAGGUUGA